AUGGAUAACGACCGAAAAGUGACUACGAAUGAAAUGGCAUCACAACAGGUUUCACUUCAUUACUGUGAACCGAAACAACACGAGGCAAACGUUUACACUGAGUACUGGUUUCGUCUCUGGUCACAGAAUCUAAUGUUACCAGUGCAAGCGCACAGUAGUUUUAAUUCGAUAAGUGUUCGGACAAAUGCUUUAGUCGGAUAG